AUGGUUCGUUUUGUUGUCGAUCACACCACCUUCAAGCCUCGGCAGAGAUUAGCAUCGUUUUCCCGAAUGGACCUCGAGUCAGGGACAGUAAGAUUCGCUUCCCCACCCAAGAAACCACUGAGUCUUGAGCGAGUAAAAACAACAAUUCAAGACCUGGUAAGGAAGCUGACACCUGAUAACCGCGAGGAGAAGGCGCGGGACAAGAUCAUCAGAAACAUCGACAGGGCGAUCGCGCAGAGGCGAGAGCAAGAGAGAAGGGAGCGAAGCAUCUCACAACUCCGCCGACAGGCCAUCGAGAACAGAAGCAUUGACUGGGACUCGCUGUACCGGCUGGCGGCGGCCGAACACGUUUACCUCAACCCACGUCCUCACCGCAACGACCGGUUCCACGGCGACGACUACCACCUUGCGACUGGGCUCGUUGCACGCGUUUCAGGCCGGCUGCAUGACGACAAGUACAUUUUCCUAGGGAGAAACGGCCACUUGUUCAUUGGCCGACAUAACCUGGGCCGAGGGGCCGAACAGAUUCCCUUCAGGGCGGAGUUCGAGUACCGCCAAUAUCGAGAAAUUGCGCGUGCGUACUAUCAACUCUGUGACUCGUUCCCGGCCGCAGGGAUGCCAACUCACCGGUAA